CAAUCGUCACAGAGUAAAUAAAAAAACGUCAUUUUCAUCCAACCCAACAAAAUGAACAAAAUUUUCGUAAUUCGUUUUGUGAAGUGAAGAGAAUUUACUGUUAUAUUUUGUGUGGCUUUCGUGCAGCAAUACAUAAACAUUGAAGCAUAGUUUUGUUCCAACUUUUUGUGGGGGCCGAUAUUGCAAACAUGAUUCGUUAUUCAAUUUUAUUGUUAGUGAUCAACACAUACGGCCGAGGUCUAGGAAAUCCUGUUGAUACUUUGAAUGGUCACUUGGAGAGCUUGGCAAAUACCUGUGCGAGUCCAUUACUGGCUAAAGGAAUCAAGGAGCAACAGGCGAAUUGUAAAGUUUUUAUUGGAGAACCGAUUGAGAAACGGGUUCAAUGUCUCCUGUUUUACGACAUCAACAAACAGCUGUGCGCAGCAGUGACUUCCUCUAAACUUACCGUUACUGACGACAGCUACAAAGCCCAGAUGAGCCAAACGUUAGAUGUUACUACACUCUGUAACACAGCCAAGACUUGGGAAUUAAAGAACUACUCAGAAAUCCCAGAAUAUCACCCAGAAAUCCUAAAAAAUCAAGCUGCAUGUUUAAGGGUAUGUAGUGGGCAGGACCUUUUGAGUGUAGAUGCCAACUUCUACUGUAAAUAUUUUAACUGGGGCUAUGAAUUAUUGAAGACCCCUCCAAUAGCAACUUCAGGUGUAGAUCUCAGUGGUAGUACAACUAUUCAUGUUGUAAAUAACAGCACUAAGGUUGAAACUCCUGCUAAGCCCACUGAUGCUCAACAAGUUAGCAAAGGUGAUGAAGCCCAAGAUGCACCAAUUCUUGCAGCAGAGAAUCCACCACCAUCAGCUGAUUCAGUGAAAACUGUCUCAGAACCUGGAACUCGUGAAGAUGCUAAACUCACAGAGGUUACAGCAAAGCCGCCUAUUGUUACCAGUAUUAAAGAUAAGACAAAGGAAGAUAAAGUUGAAGUAGUUGCUCCUAAAACCGAAGCAGUAGAGAAACCGGUAGUAGUUGCUGAAACAGUUGAAGACAAUAAAUUAGUGCCUGUUGAAGAGGAACCCCCUAAGAAGGAGGAUGAGGCUAAGAAGCCCAGUGGCUUGGCUGAUGCCGCAGCCCCCGUUGUUGAGGACACUAAACCCAAAGCAGCUGCACCAGCUAAUGAGGAAUCUCUUGACGAUGCAGAUGAUGUUGAUUCUGAAGAGGGAAAGGAAAGUCUUCUAGACCUCAAUGGUGAUGAUGGAGAUGAUCCAGAUGUCGGUGAUUUUGCCCAGAAACCGUACGAAGGCAAACUCACUCACAAGAAAACUAUCACGGCUAUAUCUUCUGCAAAUUCUGAUGCAGCUGAAAGAGAAAUGUUCCAAAGCAUGGACGCGUACGCUGACGGAGAUGACAACUUCUUCCCGUUCUUCCUGACGUGCAUCAUCGUCGUGGUCGUGCUCUACGUGCUGUACCACAACAAGAACAAAGUCACUAAAGUGGUCCUAGGUCUGAUAGUGGAAGGCCGGCAGCCGGGGCGCCGCCGGAACAGCCGCGGCCACGCCUACCGCCGCCUGGACACUCUGGAGCAGGCCAUGAGCUCCAACACCGCCACCGCUCCCAGCAGAAUCAUAUACUAAACAUACACCAUUAUAUACUUAGCGUCAAUUCACACGUACCACAACCACACCACGUCGCAGCGACAUAAUGUGGUCAAGCUGUGGUUACAUGUGAAUAGUGUGGCAGCGGCUAUUUGCAGUUGCGUUAUGGCAGCGACAAAAUGUCGAUGUGGUUGUGUUGUCGCUGUCGUUGCGAUGCCUGCCUUAAGCUCAAAAUUAAUUGUACAUAGUGCAGGUUUCUGGAGACGGCUGAGUGCAGUCUUUUGUGUAAAGAUGACUGGUUGUCACUCGAAUAAGAGGUGAAAAUUGAUUGUGUUUGGUACGGGGCAAGUAUUAAGUUGGUUAACUUUUAAGGGGGCUAUGAAAGAUAUUCGAUUGGUAUUGCCACUCUAUUUUAUGAGUUAAAUUAACCAGAAAUU